AUGAUCUACGGUAGUGGAUUCUUCUCCUCUCCUUGGGAUUGUGCCAAAAGAAAUGUUUUCCUGAUGGCCUCUAUCAUUUUUACAGCAAUAUAUUUGAUUUCCUGUUUUUUGAAUUCUGAUCACUUUGCUGUUCUAAACCAAAGUGAAGUUCGAAACAGUGAUGACUCAGAAGAAAAAGACAUUCUUCUCACCAGAAAGUAUGGUCAUCUUCAGAUGGGAAGUGAAAAUAUUUUACAUAAAAACAUUAUUGAAAAUUUGAACAAAUUUUUAUGGGAAGAAAAUGGAGAACUACCAGCUGAAAAAGUGAAAAUUGAGAAUAAGAACAGGUCUGCUUCAACAUGGUCAUUUAAAUUCAUUAUUAAUGAAAAAGAGAAGUGUAAAGAUAAAACACCUUUCUUGAUAUUGCUAAUAGCAACUACAGCUGCUGAAAUUCAGCGCAGAAGUUCCAUCAGAAAAACCUGGGGAAAUGAAUCUGUGGUUCAAGGAGUUGAGGUUGUUCGGUUGUUUAUGCUGGGUGUGGAGAGCAGAGGUCCAGAUGAGGUCCUACUGAGAGAAAGUGAACAAUAUCACGAUAUUAUUCAACAAGACUUCCUGGACACUUACUAUAACUUAACUCUUAAAACUUUGAUGGGCAUGAAGUGGGUUGCCUCUUACUGCAGUGGUGCGAGCUUUGUUAUGAAGACAGAUAGUGAUGUAUUUGUUAAUACAAUAUACCUAAUAGAAAAGCUCCUCAGACCUCUUUCACCUCCUCCACAAAAUUAUUUCACUGGCUGUCUUAUGAGAGGGCAUAAGCCUAUUCGGAAUAAAAACAGUAAAUGGUACAUAUCAGAAGAAGAAUACCCAGGUGACAAUUACUAUCCUUUUUGUUCAGGAACUGGCUAUAUCUUUUCUGGAGACCUGGCUUCAAAAAUUGUCAAUGCUUCUGUAAUGAUAAAAUAUAUCCAUUUGGAAGAUGUUUAUGUAGGGCUCUGUCUUAAUGCAAAGGGAAUACAAAUAGUACCUCCACCUAGUUAUUCAUUGUUUAACAUAUACAAGGUCCCAUUUUCUCCUUGUCUCUACAGUAAUAUAAUUACAUCCCAUCACAUUCGGACAAAUGAGCAUAUAGUGUUUUGGGAAAGACUGCAAAAGAAGAACCACACAUGUUAG